ACAGGAUUGUUAUUCAGUACCACACGCUUCAGCCACACCAGGUCGGAAAGAAGGGGACUGUCAUGAGCUUCUUGUGAAGCAUGUUUCUGACACACGAUCGCAUUCCUAAAAGAAGAAAACGAAGAAAGCAGAUUGGAUCUCAGUAUUAAUCACUCAAUGAAGUAAAGCUAGUUCUUUUCAGGCCACUUGCUGUAGUUUCGUGCCCUAUCCAGGUACACUGUGUACUCCAUUUUACACAUCUGCAGUUGUUCCUACAGCUGUAAAACGUGAUGUUAAUCAGUCCUGUUUUUUAAUGAUUAAUCCCUAUUAUUGUUACCAUUUCUGAGAUCACUUGUGUUACACACUAUUAAAGAAGAUCAUACUAGAAGAACAUGGAAUAAAAACAAUCUCUGAGAAGAGA